AUGGCAAGUGUUGAGUUUUGGACACAAGAAGAAGCGAGAUGUGACUUUGAUGAUCAGUUUGAUGAAGAGUCUUCACUCAGUUCGCCAAGUACCAAGAUGGCAGUUUGUCAGCCUUCGUGAGUUCGUCAUCAGAGCAAAUUACACUCUGAUCAAAAGCUGGAAGUGCUCUCGAUGAGAGCAUGUGAAAGUGGAAAGAAGAGACUGGGGCUUCAGAUUAAGAAGACUCAGAGUGUGAUUGACAAGUCUGCACCUUAUUCACCAGUUCAUGAUCCUAAAAAGUACAAGCACAUGAGUCCCAAAGCUUUAUGAGGCAACCAAGAAGAGGUAUCAACAGUAGAGGCAAGAUACCAGAGUCCUGAGAAAGGAUUCAAUAUUUGUGUGAAAGCAACUACAAAAAAAGAUUCACAGGAAUGUGUAGGCUUGGAUAAACAAAGGAAUAAAGAUAAAAACAAUUUCAUAAAUUUCUUCCCGAAACAUAAGAACACUCUCUGUAAAAUUAGUAAAGAAGAAAUUAAACAGACAGGAAGGCAGGAUUAUGAGAAAGAGAAAAGAAAGAAUUCAGGGCAGUCAAUUAAGGAACUUCUGGGUACUCUUGUCAAACGAAGAAGGAUAAGUUCCAUUGGAGGAUUUGCAGCAAAUAUAAACAGAAGUAACUCGGUUUUACACAGACAAAAGAGGUGUUCAGAUGAUGGGUAUUCACUGAAUCCUUUCCAAACUCGUCUGAGCCCUGUCAAGAUGAAGGAUAGGUCAGCCACAUUGAAGCAGGAAUGAGUACUUGUAACAAUGAACGACAUUGAGGCGAUAGAGUAAACUUAAGAGUCGAUUCAACAAGUGUGUACUUG